AUGCACUACUUGGCUGAGUUAAAUUACAAAUUUAAUUCCAAUAUGUUCAAUAAAAGUUAUGCUAUUCCAGAUGGCACUUAUAGUAAAUUCCCAUCUGCUUAUCCCUAAUAAGAAUCUCAAUUAAGAAUGAAUUAAUAUCUAUUAUGCAACUUUUGAAGCAAUAUAUUAUCCACUUUUCAGAUAUUUUA